UGGUACUUGUACACAUCAAAAGGGGUUUCGUUCCUGAAUAAGCGGCUGUCCUCUCCAGCGAGCGGCGAGCCAUGCAUGCCUUGGCUCCCGCUGAAUGCUCCCACUCCCCACACUCUCGUCUUCAGCCCCUCUUCUCCCGCGGUCCGCCCCGACUAGGCUGCUCUCUUCUCCGUGACCACUCUCCUCUCAUCGCGUCUGUACGUAGGUAUCUCCCCACAUCGAUCACUGCUUUCUCUGGAUCUGGAUCGUACGUCAUGGCUCGCCGCUCCUUGCUGCUAGCGUUUCUCGUCGUGGCCGCCGGCGCUGCCAUCACAGCCAACGCCAAGGUGUACGCCCCGGUGGACUCGAUCCUGCUCAACUGCGGCUCCACCGCGGACGGUCUCGACGGGGACGGCCGCAAGUGGCAGGCGGACACCAACAACAACGAGUGGCUGGGCGACGCCGGCAAGUCGUCCAUCAUGGCGGCGGCGGACGAGCUGGACUCGUCGCUGCCGUCUACCAUCCCCUACAUGACGGCGCGCGUCUUCACCGUGGAGACGGCCUACAACUUCACGGUGAACCCCAAGGACCGGCACUGGCUGCGCCUCCUCUUCUACCCGUCCUCCUACAACGGGAUCGCGCCGGAGGACUUCCGCUUCUCCGUCUCCACCUCCACCGGCCUCACCCUCCUCCGCAACUUCAGCGUCUGGGUCACCACCAAGGCGCUCACCCAGGGCUACCUCGUCCGGGAGUUCUCCAUCCCCCGGACGCCCACCGGUGUCCUCACCGUCACCUUCACCCCCACGCCCAUGACCAACGUCACCUACGCCUACAUCAACGGCCUCGAGGUCUCCUCCAUGCCCGACAUCUUCGACGACCCCGCCACCAUGGUCGGCUUCGCCGACCAGACCGUCGACAUCGCCGGCGCCACCUUCCAGACCAUGUACCGCUUCAACGUCGGCGGGGGCUUCAUCCCGCCCUCCAACGACUCCGGCCUCUCCCGCUCCUGGUUCGACGACACACCCUACGUCUUCGGCGUCAUGCAGGGCGUCACCUACAACGCCGGCGCCAGGUUCCACGUCAAGUACCCCAGCGAGAUCGCCGAGUACGUCGCCCCCGUCGAGGUGUACACCGGCACCCGCUCCAUGGGCUCCGACGCGCGCGUCAACCAGAACUACAACCUCACCUGGACCAUGGAGGUGGACGCCAACUUCACCUACGUCGUCCGAUUCCACUUCUGCGAGCUCCUGCUCAACAGGCCCAACCAGCGCGCCUUCGACAUCUACGUCAACAACAAGACGGCGCAGUCCGAUGCAGACGUCAUCGAGAUGACCUCCGAGCGUGGCGUGCCCACCUACAAGGACUUCGCCGUGCACAUGCCCGACGAGCCCGGGGACGAGAUCAUGUGGAUUGCCAUGCACCCGUCCGUCGCGCUCAGGCCGCAGUUCUACGACGCCAUCCUCAGCGGCCUCGAGGUCUUCAAGCUCAACGACACCGCCGGCAACCUUGCCGCGCCUGACCCCUUACCGUCCAAGCUGCUGGCCGAGGCCGAGCUGGGCGACAGCGACAAGGACAGGUCCAGGAAAUCCAAGGAGCAGGCCAACAUGGCCACCGUGAUCGGCGGCACGGCGGGCGGCGCCGCGGCGGUGGGCAUCGUGGCGGCCAUCUGCGUGGUGGUGUACCACAACAAGAAGACCAAGGAGCUCAGCGGCAGCGAGUCGCACACCUCCGGCGGCUGGCUGCCGCUUUACCACUCCCACACCAGCGGCAAGUCGUCCGGCCACCUCGCGGCGAACCUGGGAGGCAUGUGCCGCCACUUCUCCCUCGCGGAGAUGAAAGCGGGGACAAAGAACUUCAGCGAGUCGCUGGUGAUCGGCGUGGGCGGUUUCGGGAAGGUGUACCGCGGCAUGGUGGACGGCGACACCAAGGUGGCCAUCAAGCGGUCGAACCCGUCGUCGGAGCAGGGCGUGCUGGAGUUCCAGACGGAGAUCGAGAUGCUGUCCAAGCUGCGGCACCGCCACCUCGUAUCCCUCAUCGGAUUCUGCGAGGAGGACAACGAGAUGAUCCUCGUCUACGACUACAUGGAGCACGGCACGCUGCGGGAGCACCUCUACAACAAGGGCGGCAAGCCGCCGCUGUCGUGGCGGCACCGCCUCGACAUCUGCAUCGGCGCCGCCCGCGGGUUGCACUACCUCCACACCGGCGCCAAGUACACCAUCAUCCACCGCGACGUCAAGACAACCAACAUCCUCGUCGACGAGAACUGGGUGGCCAAGGUCUCGGACUUCGGCCUCUCCAAGUCCGGCUCCACCACGGUGAACCAGGCGCACGUCAGCACCAUGGUCAAGGGAAGCUUCGGGUACCUAGACCCGGAGUACUUCCGGCGGCAGCAACUCACCGACAAGUCCGACGUCUACUCCUUCGGCGUGGUGCUGUUCGAGGUCCUCAUGGCGCGGCCGGCGCUGAACCCGGCGCUGCCGCGGGACCAGGUCAGCCUCGCUGACUACGCCCUCAUCUGCCAGCGGAAGGGCACCCUGCCGGACGUCGUUGACCCGACCAUCAAGGACCAGAUCGCGCCGGAGUGCCUCAUCAAGUUCGCCGAGACGGCCGAGAAGUGCCUAGCCGACCAAGGCAUUGAGCGGCCGUCCAUGGGAGACGUGCUGUGGAACCUCGAGUUCGCGAUGCAGCUACAAGACACGUUCGACGGCGGCAGCGGCCGACGGCGCGGCGAGGAUGACGGGAGCGGGCGACCGGUGCUCGAGCCCAGCAACAGCUAUGGGAGCACGACCACGCUCGGGACGUCAUCCAACUCCAGGGCGCACGAGGCGAGCGUCAUACUGGAGGAGGAGGACGACGACAUGACUAACGGCGCGGCCUUCUCGCAGAUCGUGCAACCCACCGGACGGUGACACGACCCGAGCUACAGGCUCCUCUGUUUACAAACGUGCUGUGAUGUUGGUGCUGAAUUUUGAAGCUCUCAUUAGUAGUAGAUCAAAGUACUGUAGACUGUAGUAAGCUUCAAGGACUGGAUAAUUUGAUAACAGAAAGCAGAAAUUAGCGUUUCAUUCAGUGUUCACAUAGCUAAGGCAUUAUAGAUGGUUUUACUGAAAUUUAACUCUUUUUCAUUGAA